AGUUCGAGUACUCACACUGUAAGAAAACAAGGUGAAGAGAAAUUGCAAAAGUUGCUCAGUACGAUCAAGGAAGCUAACAAUUCGAAAAAUAUCCGGAAAGCGAAACGCCUGAACACUUUUGAGGCUGCACAUCACGUUGCGGGGCGACGCGCUGCGUGCAAUACAAUCAAUACUUAUACAAAGAUUGUACUCGAAGAUGAUGAGGUUAUCUUGAAUAGCGUCCGAGAGCGUGGGCAAGCCGUAUCCGAACCCAGCCGGCAAUCCUCUAAGCGUUUAAGGUCAUCGGAAACAGAAAUGGAAACAGAAACGGCCUCUGAUAGUGAUAUCUCAUGGCAAUCUGAAAACGAGAAUGCAAAGUGCAGAUGGGAGUCCAGACAGAGAACAGUCCAAAGCAAUAUUGUACUGGUUUGUAGGUCCGGGAGAAAUAUACCAGAAGACGCCUGUCAGUUGUUUGUGAAUCAAGUGAACGUGUCAGCAAUAUUUUUUGAGUAUCAUAAAUUGUUUAUUAAGAAGGUGUCGACCGACUCAAUGGAGAGUGCCAAGGCGAUAAACAAUAUAUUUUUACUUAAAGACUCCGGAGAUCCAGGCUGA